AUGUUCCGCAACCAAAUGCAGGAGAAGAAGAAGAGGUUAUGGCAACAAUGAUAGAGGAAAAUGGUCCUUCGACUCACGAGCAGUCUGACGGAUCCUCAUCGUCUCAGGCCAGGCACAAACUAGAGGGGCUCCUGAACAAGAACAUGAGGAUCCGCAUGACAGACGGACGCACCCUGGUGGGGCUUUUCCUCUGCACGGACCGAGACUGCAACGUCAUUCUGGGAUCAGCUCAGGAGUUCCUCAAAUCCACAGACACCUUCUCCCAGGGCGAGCCCCGAGUCCUGGGCCUGGCCAUGAUCCCCGGCCACCACGUGGUGUCCAUCGAGGUGGAGGCAGACAGUCUGGAAGACGCACAAGGAUUUGGAGCUAGCCAUUGAUGAAGCUUUGCCCCUUUGGACAGUGCGACUGUCUAUCAGCGAGCCGGCUGCAUGGCUGCGGCUGGGCCCAAAAGGAGCGUGGACACCUUCGAUUGAGGAUUUUACCAGUCACCUCACCUCUGCAGAUGCAGAUGCAGAUACAGAACUCCUGUGUCAAUAUUCUGGAUUUAGCCAUCCCUUCUAUGCUUGAAGAUAUGUCCACUUGCAGUGACAGCUGUGCAGCGCAACAUGUGUGUGAAGGUGUGAUCAAACAGCAGCUACCCUGAGAGAAAACGUCUUUGUUUCAUGAUGUUUUAAAAUUUAACGCUGUAUUUGAGACUUUGUAUCCAUUUUUGUCAAUGACAAACACAAAGUUGACUGAAAUGUUUGCUUCUA